AUGGAUUCAACUGGUCCAGUACUGGAUCGGUAUUACAUCCACCUCAAUUGGUAUCCGAGCUGUCUCCAUCCAUCGGAACAACAGCCUCCUUUCCUCGUAUUUCCAGAGUUCCACUGGACAAAGAACGGGGGGGAGGAGAAAGGGUGGCUCUCUCCCCUUUCAUUUCCUCUCUUGAUCUCUUACGGAGUGUUCUCCAUCUCCAGCUCCAUCGGUUCAUCGGAAUGGCCUCAGAUCUCAGUUUUACAAUUACGAUUCCAAGUCAUUGGAUUUGAUCUGCUCGAGAGAGUUUACUGGGGCGGCAAACACUGA